AUGUCCAAAGCAGAUGGUGACCUGGACCGCGACCGAGCAUAUGAUCUAAGAGUCCAACAACAAGUGACAAUGUCCAAAGCAGACGGUGACCUGGACCGAGACCGAGCAUAUGAUCUAAGAGUCCGACGACAAGUGACAACGUCCAAAGCAGAUGAUGGUGACCUGGAACGAGAACGAGCAUAUGAUCUAAGAGUCCGACGACAAGUGACAACGUCCAAAGCAGAUGGAGACCUGGACCGAGAACGAGCAUAUGAUCUAAGAGUCCGACGACAAGUGACAAAGUCCAAACCAGAUGGUGACCUGGACCGAGACCGAGCAUAUGAUCUAAGAGUCCGACGACAAGUCACAAUGUCCAAAGCAGACGGUGACCUGGACCGAGACCGAGCAUAUGAUCUAAGAGUCCAACGACAAGUGACAACGUCCAAAGUAGAAGAUGGUGACCUGGACCGAGAACGAGCAUAUGAUCUAAGAGUCCGACGACAAGUGACAACGUCCAAAGCAGAUGGUGACUUGGACCGAGAACGAGCAUAUGAUCUAAGAGUCCGACGACGAGUGACAACGUCCAAAGCAGAUGGUGACCUGGACCUCGACCGAGCAUAUGAUCUAAGAGUCCGACGACAAGUGACUAUGUCCAAAGCAGACGAUGGUGACCUGGACCGAGAACGAGCAUAUGAUCUAAGAGUCCGACGACAAGUGACAACGUCUAAAGCAGAUGGUGACCUGGACCGAGACCGUGCAUAUGAUCUAAGAGUCCAACGACAAGUGACAAUGUCCAAAGCAGAUGGUGACCUGGACCGCGUCGGAGCAUAUGAUCUAAGAGUCCGACGACAAGUGACAAUGUCCAAAGCAGACGGUGACCUGGACCGAGACCGAGCAUAUGAUCUAGGAGUCCGACGACAAGUGACAAUGUCCAAAGCAGACGAUGGUGACCUGGAACGAGAACGAGCAUAUGAUCUAAGAGUCCGACGACAAGUGACAACGUCCAAAGCAGAUGGAGACCUGGAUCGAGAACGAGCAUAUGAUCUAAGAGUCCGACGACAAGUGACAACGUCCAAAGCAGAUGGCGACCUGGACCGCGACCGAGUAUAUGGUCUAAGAGAAGGACGACAAGUCACAAUGUUAAAAGCAGACGGUGACCUGGACCGAGACCGAGCAUAUGAUCUAAGAUUCCGACGACAAGUGACAACGUCCAAAGUAGAUGGUAACCUGGACCGAGACCGAUCAUAUGAUCUAAGAGUCCGACGACAAGUGACAAUGUCCAAAGCAGACGGUGACCUGGACUGA